AUGACCCGCCUUGGUUUCUGUACACUCGCGCUGGCCCUCGCCGUGGGCCCCGCCAUGGCAGUGCCCAGCACUACUUCUGUUGAGAGCACAGUCCUUCCUACUUACACUGAAAUGGGUACCUACCAGGAGGGAGGAGCCCCUGGCACUCCUGAUGAUACCACCACCACCACCACCACCUCCCCCACCUCCGAGGGAGGAGACAAUUGGCUUGAGAACUUCAUCCGAGCUGUCCAGCGCCAGCUGCAGCUCCAGGAGAACAUGAUGCGCCAGCUGAUCCGUGAUAUUCAGGAGUACCUGAGCAACGCCUUCAACUGGGCAGAGAACCAGUCCACCGCAUACACCCGCGUGACUGAGAUGAUGGACAUGAUCUCCAACAGAAUGAGCGCAGCCAUCGACAGUUCUAACGAACUCAUGACUGCCAGCGAAACCAUGGACCCCGAGACCCUCCGCCGCACCGCUCGCAAGUACAUGAAGGAGGUGCGUGUACAGGAUGUUGUUGUAGACGCUCUGUGGGCAUCUCUCCGUGGUGUACAGACCGCUGCUUGGAUGAGCGGUGUGACUGCCAUUGAGAAGGAGGAGACCACGCCGAUGGCUAGCCGUGCUGCUGAAGAGUUCCUUCACCGCAUGUACCACAACCUGAGAGCUGCAGGCAUGUCUGAGGAAGAUGUUGCAAAGUUCGUCCCUAGAGGCGAAUACACUCAGCAGCCACGCAACAUGGGCAGAAAGGGCAGGUUCGGAUACUAUGGCUACUCCGGCUACUACGGCUACCCCAGCUACUACAGCUACCCCUACUCUAGCUACUACAGCUACAGCUACCCCAGCUACUACAGCUACCCCAGCUACUACAGAUACAGCAGCUACCCCAGCUACUACGGCUACAGCAGCUACCCGUACUACAGCUAUGGCUACCCUAGCUACAGCUAUGGCUACCCCAGCUACUACUGGCGCCGCCUCCGCCCUGGCACCCCAGGAACACCAGCAACAUGCCCCGACUGCCCUCCUAUGAACACCCCCAACAUGCCUACCCCUCCCCCAAUGAACAUGAUGAACAACACCCCCCCCAUGAUGAACAUGAUGAACAACAUCCCCCCAAUGAUGAACAUGAACACCCCCCCCAUGGUCCCUCCUUCACGCACCCUCGGUACUGAAGCUAUGGGCUUGAACAUGGGUGCUCCCCUCGGCAUGAACACCCCAACUCCCCUUCCCCCCAUGACUGGCUUUGGAAUUCCCCCUGAAUUCCCCCCUUUUGGAGGUGAAGGCGUUGGCUAUCCCAUGGAUCUCCUUGGAAACAUGAACAUCGAUGCAACUCCUUUUGAAACAUCCAACACCACUAACUACAGAAACCUCGCCCCAGUCGACCUCCCUACUCCCACCCCGAUCCCUCCUCCCGUCUUCGGUGAACCCCCUAUGCCACCCACACCCUUCGGGUUCGGCCCCGUUCCCACUCCCGGGUAA